AUGACGUCGAGGUCGUCCUAUCGCGUGCGGUUCGCUACCGAUAAUAAGUUCCAGUCGCGGGUUAAGAACGAUCCCCCAGCACCGAUAGCCAGCGAUGCCAGCGAGAGCCCGAUUGAGUCGCUGACAUUCGGUCUCGCGGCUACCCGCAAGCCCAAGAGCAGAUCUGGAUGCAAGGAGUGCAAGCAGCGCCGAGUCAAAUGCGACGAGAAAUACCCAGUUUGCAGCCACUGUCAAAGACGCGGCUCCGUGUGUCUCUCCUCCACACCGCCAACAAGAUGGCAGAUUGAGGUGCCCUGGAUGAUCACCAAGCCUAUCGCCGAGCCGUGGUUGGGCAUUGUGAACCCCGAAAAGAAGCUCCUCGCGUACUGGCUCGACAAGACCAGCCGGAUAAUGACCGUGUGCCCCGAGAACAACCCCCUGUCAUACCCCCUUCUCGAGCAUCUCGUGACCACUCCGUCGCUGCUGCACACGGUGCAGAGCGUGAGCGCAGGACAGGAGCACUUCUUCAAGUCGAAAGAGCUGAUCACCUGCCUACAAGAGCGCGGCCUUGCUAUCCAGGCACUGCGGCGUGAGAUGCAGGAUGGCGCCAACCUCAAACCUGCCUCCCUGCUGACCGUGUUCCUGCAGGGGGUUUCAUGGUUGUGGACAGAGGACCACCCAAACGACUAUGGAAAAGAGCAUCUCCAAGCUGCCCGUAGCCUGCUAGAAAAGAUGCUGGAGGACCCGGAGAAGCGGCGGGACCCGUUGGUCCAGUUCAUGCUGGGGUGGUACCUGUAUUGGGACAUGUCGUGCGCCUUCAUCGCCGCACCCCAAGAUCUCGCACCCCUCAACACGGCGCAGAUGUUUGAUGCCAUCCAGGCCACCCGCAGUUCUUUUCAUCCCAUGAUUGGAUUCAUGUCAGAGCUGCUGUAUCUGAUCGCAUGUCUCGGUCGGCAUUGCCGCCUGGUCCUGGAAACCGAGGCCAGGGACCUGGUGCUGGAAGCGACUUUCGAGGGUCAGCUGCUGGCAUGGGAACCGGACCACGAUGACCAGGACCUCGUCGACAUGAGCAUCGGGUAUCGUAACCACGGACUUAUUAUGCUGUACAACAUCUGCGGCGUGCCUUCUCAAGCCGACGAUCUCACCCCGGGCGACGACGCUUCCGACGCUUCCGACGCAAUCCAUGACUCCCAGGCCCGGAUAAGGCCGUUGGUGUUGGACUCGUUAGAACGUUUGUUCAAGACGCCUGUUGACGCGCCUUGUUUCAGCUUUCACUCAACACCGCUUCUCACUGCUGCCGCCGAGCUCACAAAGACCGAUGAAGAAUUGCGCACCGCGGCUGUCGAAAGGUUCAAAGCCAUAUACUCGACGAAUAGAGUGGCUGUCAACAUGUGGGCUAUCGAUCUGCUGGAGGAGCUGUGGGGUCUUAAGGACUGCGGCAUCAACGUCACUUGGCUGGAGCUUUUGAUCACCAAGAACUGGAGAUUGACAUUCGCUUAG